AUGUCUGAAGGGUUUCCGAAACUCAGUGAUGAGUUAAGUAACAGAGAAAAGGCGCUGGUUGUCGUUGAAACAUUUUUAUAUUCGCUGAUAAUUUUGGUUUCAAUAAUUGGUAAUUCCUCUGUGCUUCAGGCAAUUUACAGAAAUUCUCAGCUUCGAACGAUUCCUAACUACUUCAUUGCAGCCUUGGCAGUGUCUGAUAUUCUUCUUCCACUUGUAACGUCCCCGCAGACCAUUGCAGUGAUAGCGGUUGGACGCUGGCCAUUUAACCACAACGUCUGUCAAGCUCAGGGAUAUUUUGUGAUUAUAUUUGCCUGUACAUCUUUGCUGAUCCUUACACUGACAGCCAUAAAUCGAUUUUAUCGAAUAGUGCGAACGAAACAUUACCGACGUAUUUUCACCAAGGGGAAGACCGUAACCAUGAUAGGACUUUGUUUCAUUUUGGCUUGCUUGGAGCCAAUUCCUUACUUCUCUUUCGAAAAACGCUAUGUUUUUCAUCCCGGAAAGAUGUUUUGUUUCCAGACGACGGAAAUAACUAUUCCAAAUUUACUCGUUUAUCUUUAUGUCGGAGUACCGGGAGUAACUCUUAGCAUUUGCUACUUUUGUGUUUUUAAAAAAUUGCGACUUCAUCGCCAAACUGUUCAAAACAAUAUUCAAUCGGCUUCUUUGUCCACAAUGGCUACUCAGAGGGAUAUCAAAAUUACCAAGAUCCUUUUUAUCACAGUUAUAGCUUUCUUGGCUUGUUGGACACCAAUCCUUAUCAUAGAUUUUGUCGACACAUUUCAAGGUGACGUAACUUUUCCCAGGGAGAUAUAUGUUUUGUAUCUCUAUCUGGGAAAUCUUUCUGGGGCAAUCAACCCACUUAUAUACGGAGUAUUCAAUAAAAACUUCCGGGAGGAAUAUAUCAAGUUUUUUUCCUACGCAAAAAGAAAACGUAGAAUUAAGAGCAUUCAAGAAGCUUCAGAGGGAAGAUCUACUGAAUUGUUUACACGUUCAAACAAACACCCGAGGGGCAGGUGAAAAAAAAAAACAUGAAACCUGACAUGAGACGAUGCAAUGAGGUUUCAUGCUUUGUUAAUAAGGUGGAAACCGGCUCCACAUGUAUUGGCGUCUCCAAUAUUCAUAUGUAAAAUACAUGAAAAUAUACACUGAAAAUACCCUUAAUUUACUGACUGCAAAAAAUAUAUCAAACAAUUACAACACUCUUUCAAUUUCCUUUUAUAAGAAUUUUUUUCGGCCCAGCCUGAACGUUCUUGUAUUUCUGCCAAUUUUAUGCUCGAAAUAUUCUUGUAUUAUUCUCAAAUUAUAGCUUAUGACAUUUUCCUUCUAGAAUGCAGUCGGGUAUCAACAUCCGUUAGUGUAGUUUUUUUUUCUUUUGUUUGCUAGUUUUGCUGUUUAGAGAAAGACAGUAGUACUAUAAUUUUAUACUGGUAAGUUAAUAGUGAACAUGUAAUUGUAUAAAUUGUAUUUACAGAUUUUCAACUCGCAAAAUUAUAUACCUCCUUUUCAAAAUAUCGACCUCACGUUUAUUCUUGAAGUAUAUUUAUAAUUUCGCCAAUUUUUAGCCUCGAUAUUCUUAAUCCCCCCCUCAUAAUCCUCUAUGUGGAAGAUCCCUCAAAAGUGGCAUUCCAAAAGCUGUACCCAAGUGUCAUAAACGUCCCAUCCGCAAUAACAUUUUGAAUCCAAGCGUAAUAAAGGUCCUAUCUGUAUAAUAGAGAGUUUUAGAUUCGAGUUUACCGCGAACCUCUAACCACGGUUUGCGGUUACCCGUGUGCGGUUCGACGUUCAAACAUAAUUCGAUUUAGAUUGGCAGUGGAUUAGAUUACGGCCGCCAUUUUGAAUCAGCAGCCAUGAAUGGCACUUGUUUUCAAGAUCAAAUAGGAUUUAUCAUAUUCAGCAUUUUGCCCGAAUUUGUGCCUCUGUUAAUGGAUAAAGACUUGCUCCACAAUAUUUUUGUAUCAUUACGUGGGAUAAAACAAGAAAUAUACGCUAAAAGCUUUCAG